CUGCAUACACUCAGUGUUAUGAGUGUGUGUAUUUGGCUUAGUGUGUUUAGUUAUGCAUACUAUUAUUGUGUCUAUUAAAAUAUUCAUCAUUCAUUAAUGUAUAGCUUUUGUUGUGCUAGUAUUAAAGUGUGUAUUGGGCUAUGUGUAUUGUUGUAUGUAUCUAUCCAGGUAUCCCAAGUGAAACUCACACUGCUCAAGGGUAUGAUAAUAUUAACUACUGUCAUUCCCUGCCACGCAGCGGCCAAUGUACUUUCAAAUUUAAAUCUAACAGUCAACGGUAAAGAUAAGUGCCUCGUCUCUAAGCCUAUCUCGGUGUAAAAGGAAUUGUAGCUAAUGUGUGUGUGUGUGUGUGUGUGUGUGUGUGUCUGUUUACAGCCAUCAUUAUUAUUAAUGAUGUAUACACUAAGUUGUUUUUUAUUCCCACACACUGACAUUCCUAAAAGCUGAAAUACUACUACAUUCAUCACCCCCUUUAUUUAUUUUCCAAACUGUACUUGCAUUGAAUAAAUUGUAAUUUAUAAAGAAUGAAUGCAUAUGUCAGAAAAUAUCUAGAUGAGCUUAAUCAACUUUGUUCUUCAGAGUAAUAAGUAGUAACAUGUAUGUUGUAUUCCAGCUAUCAACAAUGGAAGCAACCCCAUCCUUUCGAAGGGUGCCAGGGUCCAAGGACCUGCUCCUCCAGCACACGCCCGAAGCUGCCAGUGUCUCCGCUGCCAUUAAGGCGGCCACUGUGCGCUUUGUGGCAAAGGCACCGGAAGAGGUCCGGAGCGAUGCCGUGGCCCAUGUUGUGUCGCAGGGAGGUGACCCCGGGAACAGCAUGCUGGUCCUCAGCCAGAGUACCGUGCAGUUUGGUAAGUACCGGGGUCAAACCUUCCAGUGGCUCCUGGCAAACGACAUGGGCUACGCUGUGUCCCUGGUGACCAGCCACCAGAGGGAGCGGGAGGGUGACAGCUCCAUGUCACCCUACAUGGCGAACAAGGACGCCCUGACCAGCUACGCCUGUGCUUUCCCUGAUGUUGCCUCGGCUGUCAGGGACCGGAGAGCACAGGACGUAGCCCGGCUGCACUCAUCCCAGCCCGGUCAGGAGGACCUGCGCCUUGUGGCCUUUGGGGUGCACAAGGACCUCACCUGGAGGGAUCUGUAUGAGGUUACGGACAAGGAGAAGAGCGGCUACGUCAAAUGGCUCCGGCGUCAAACACCCCGAACCGGAACGCAGAUGGAGGCGUUGCAGAAAUACAUCCUGCGGCGAGACCAGGAGUCCCGGUCCCCAGCGUCGUCACAGGCUGGGUCUUCGCAGGCUGUCCCCACGCAACUUGCGCCCUCUCGGCCUGCUUCCCCUCGGCCUGGGACCUCGCAGCCGUCCCCGACCCCUGCGCGGUCGCCACUGGCGAGCAGCCUCCAUUUGCGUCCGAGGACGCCGAAGGUCGUGCCUCGUGCACCUUCAGCUCAAGGGGUGUCCAAGCGCCAGCCAGCUUCGCCUGCCUUCUGGGAGGAGGUCACAGAUACGGAGCUGGUUGCCAUCUGCGACGUAGCCCCUCCCACUAACGACUGAGUUCCUUGAACGUGGUAAGGUAGGUCUUGGUGACAGACCCUGUGUCUUCACUGUACAUUAAAAUCGCAUCACUCUCUGCCCUUUUUCACUCUCCUGGCUGACUGCCCUGCACAAUGCGAAUGACUCCUCUCCCACCUCGGAUUGCCCCUCCAUCCUUUCUCACAUUACGCACUCGUGGAUUGCUUGCAUGUUUUUAGUGGUGUUGUAGUUUGUGGCACAGUAGAU